AUGGCAUAUAGGGCAUCCGAACAUGAAACAACUGGACAGACUCCAAACCGUCUCAUGUUUGGUAGGGAAAGUACAACUCCGUUAGAUAUAUUGUAUGAGAUGCCGCCAUCUAUUAAAGAAUCAAGAUGGCAAAAACAAAAAAUUACAAUAAGAAAAAAAGAACAGUGGAAAUGUGGUUUUUGUCCUACUUCAUUUGACUGUAAAGAUGAAAGAGAUAAACAUCUGCCUUCUUGUGCAAAUGAAAGAUUGUUUUGUACUGAAGGUGGCUGUUUCUACCAUACAGACAAGUCAAAGAACUUACUGAGACACCUGAAAUCUAAACAUCAGAAAGACGAUGAUAGUGAUAGUGACAAAGAAGCAAAUACUAGUAAGAGUAAAGACCUGCUCAGCGGUUCAUCAGAGUCCGAGAUUGAGGAUGAAUGGAAAAGACAGGAUCCAGGAGACAUUCUUGGACAGGACAGUGAUGAAAGUGCACACAGUGAUAAAGAAGAAGAGAAGGAUACAGGAUUAAAAGAGACCGAAAACAGAAAGAUGACUACAUGGUGA